AUGGCAAGUACAGAAGAGAUUGUUCAAAUGAUGCAGGAAGCUUCGGCUGAGUUUGCCGAAGCAGAUGAUGUUUCAUUUCUAGAUAAGAUGAAUUCUAAUAUUGCGCAACUCGAACAACAACUAAGAGAACAAAUGGAUGAAAGUAGGCAGAACAUUGCUAAACUUGAGAUAAAUCUUAUAGAUACGGAGAAGUCGAUAGGAAGCUUAAGAGAAUUGAUGAAGGAUGCUACCGAUGAGGCAACAAUAAUGAAAGGUAGUGAUAAGUUGAAUAAUCUGAUUGAUGAGCUUCAAGCCACAGAGAAUGAAAUUCAGAUGAUGAAUAGUGAAAUAGAAAAGAAAGUCAGUAAGUUAGUUGAGGAUGAAGACAACACAAGCUCAGAAUAUGAGAUGAUCAGCAAAGAAUUGGAACAAGAAUAUGAUCCUGUGUUCGCAUCAAAUAUACUAAAACUAAAACUUUACAGAAGUUUAGGGGUACGACUUGAUCUAGAUAAUAAUCAAAUACUAAUACAGAACAAAGAGCUUGGAACAAUUGAUACUUUGCCAUUGGAAGAUGAAUUAACUGAGUUUUUUAAGGUUAAAUACAUAUGGAGUAGAAUAGGGAAAUGA